CGAAUGAUCCUCCCCGGCCUCCGUCGUGUCUCCAACUGGCGCUAUCCUUGCCGUCACUUUCUUGACUUCUCAUCCCACUCCUGCGUAGCUCUGAUCCCGGCUUUCUGCUUCUCUCUCCUCCUCGGUCUUUUCUGGAUACCAUGUCGGAGUACAACGCGGUACCUCCGCCCGUCCCCGGGGCUGCUCUACCCGGACAGGCGGCUGUGGGGAACGGAGCGGGGGGCGCCAAGAAGGAUGCGUUUGCGGACGCGGUGCAGCGGGCCCGGCAGAUCGCAGCUAAGAUUGGGGGCGACGCUGGUCCUCCUGUGAACAACAGCACUGCUUCGGAUAGUUUUCCCUUCACUGCGCAGAAACGACAGCUGGAGGAUACAAAUACUGAUGAGCCAGAGACUAAGAAGCUGGCCGCUCAGAGUGACUUGGAGUCAGCCAAAGCGCUGUCUAUUGGUGCACAGCUAGCUGCUCUUGCACAGCAAAGACCCACCUCCACCACAGAGGACUACAGUGUUCCAGACAGUAUGGUGGGACUCAUUAUUGGCCGUGGAGGUGAACAGAUCAAUAAGAUUCAGCAGGAGUCGGGUUGCAAGGUUCAGAUAGCUCCAGACAGUGGAGGUCUUCCAGAGAGAAACGUCUCCCUCACAGGGACACAAGACUCCAUACAGAAAGCCAAGAGGCUGCUGAAUGAGAUAGUCUCCCGAGGAAGAGGUACUCCCCCUCUUUCUUCUUAUCAUGACUCCAGCAACGGGCAGAACGGCGCAGUUCAUGAGAUGAUGAUCCCAGCCGGCAAGGCCGGCCUAGUCAUCGGCAAGGGAGGAGAGACCAUCAAACAGCUACAGGAGCGUGCAGGGGUCAAGAUGAUCCUAAUCCAGGACGCCUCUCAGGGACCCAACGUUGACAAGCCUCUGCGCAUUAUUGGAGAUCCAUACAAAGUCCAGCAAGCCCAGGAGAUGGUGCAGGAGAUUCUGAGGGACAGAGACCAAGGCGGCUACAGCGAAAGAAGCGAAUUCAGCUCCCGGAUGGGAGGCGGCAUGGAUAUCCCAGUACCACGACACUCGGUGGGUGUGGUCAUCGGACGCAAUGGAGAGAUGAUCAAGAAAAUUCAGAAUGAUGCCGGAGUCAGGAUACAGUUCAAACAAGAUGACGGGACCGGUCCAGAUAAGAUCGCACACAUCAGCGGUCCGCCUGAACGCUGCGAGCACGCGGCUCAAAUCAUCAACGACCUGCUGCAGAGCAUCCGGGUCAGAGAGGAGGGACAGGGGGGUCCCCCAGGUCCUCCAGGAAUGCCUUCAGGCAAUAGGGGGCGAGGUGGGGGACAAGGCGGUUGGGGUCCCCCCGGAGGGGAAAUGACCUUCUCUAUUCCCGCCCAAAAGUGCGGACUCGUGAUUGGCAGAGGAGGAGAGAACGUCAAGUCCAUCAACCAGCAGACGGGGGCAUUCGUGGAAAUCUCUCGACAGCCGCCCCCCAACGGAGACCCCAACUUUAAGCUCUUUAUCAUUCGCGGGUCCCCGCAGCAGAUCGACCACGCCAAGCAGCUCAUUGAGGAGAAGAUCGAGGGUCCGCUGUGUCCUGUGGGCCCGGGGACAGGUGGGCCAGGUCCCGCUGGGCCAAUGGUUCCUUACAACCCCAACCCCUACAACCCCGGACCGCCUGGGGCUCCUGGACCGCCACAUGGUGGUCCUCCAGGUCCUCCCCAGUACAGCUCGCAGGGCUGGAGCAACACCUACCAGCAGUGGCAGCCCCAACCACCGCAUGACCCCAGCAAGGCAGCAGCCAAUGACCCCAACGCAGCCUGGGCGGCCUACUACGCUCAGUACUACCAGCAGCCGUCGGGGGCUGCGCCAGCCCCGUACCCCGCAAACCAGGCUGGAGGUGCCCAAGCUGCAGGUGACCAGACCCAGGCUGCACAGACACCGGCGGGCCAGCCGGACUACACCAAGGCCUGGGAGGAGUACUACAAGAAGAUGGCCCAGGCAGGCGGCUCUGUACCCGGUACAGCAGCUGCAGCUCCAGGAGCAGCAGCAGCAGCAGCAGCAGCAGGAGGAGGAGGAGGAGGUGGUUCAGCAUCCACAACAGGAGGCCAGCCGGACUACAGCGCAGCUUGGGCGGAGUACUACAGGCAGCAGGCUGCGUACUACGGACAAACAGGACAGCAGCCCCCUGGGCAGCCGGCCAAUCCCCAGCAGGGACAGAUGCAGUGAGAGUUUGCGGCAGAAGACGGGAUAAAGAAGAGGGCUCUGAAGUCUUAGGCCAGGAUCGAUCCCUUUAUUCAUAUAUAUUGUAUCCGUUGCAACUAGAAGUGAAACGCUUCCCCACAUGUGAACAUGAUCUGGAUCCUUUUUUUGAUAAUAAUGUGAACUGAACCCAAUGCUCCUGUGCUUCGCUGCUGACGGGAGGGAAAAGACUGAUUAAAUGCGAUCAUUUCACAGAGCUGCCUCAGCGUAGAUUUAAAUACUCACGGGAGCUCCGGAGCGCUUAUUUCAUUAACAGAGUUUUCAGCACAUCUCAGUCAUCCUGUAGCCCCAUUUUAAAGUACUCACAUAUCCCAAUGUUGUAUUAACUGACUUGCACAGAGCUUUUAGGACUAUAAUCAUGGUGUGUGUGUGUGUGUGUGUGUGUGUGUGUGUGUGUGUGUGUGUGUGUGUGUGUGUGUGUGUGUGUGUGACACAGGAAGAGACAGACCUCAUUUGAUUUUCUCAUAUUGGUUUUUUCCUUCCUCUGCAGAGGCGUGCAGGGUGUUUCAGCGCGUGUAUAUCUGGGCGACUGUGCGCAGGUUAGAUUUAUGCAGUCAGAUUGUGAAAAGAAGCCCCGAGCUGCAAGGUUCAGAAGCACGAAUGUGAAUAAUGUAUUAAUUGUGUCUGUUCACUUCAAAUCGCACCGCUCAACACCUUUUUGCCUCUUGAAACGUCCCAUCUCGUUAACUGUUUGUUCCACCUGACAGCUUUAGUUUUGGGUUAGAAAAAAAGGCCGGCUUACUGUGGACUAAUGGCUAAACUGGAAAGAUGGGGUUGGGUGGGGGAAAGCUUUUCAGAUUUGGCCAGCUUUCUAUGAUUCAAUCAUCAUUAUUUCUUAUCAUCUGGAAAGUUCAGAAGGGCUUUCACCGCACCUCAGAAUGGCGGCAUAUGGAGACUUUAAAGUGUAGUUAUAUUCUUGUGUAGAUUGUACUGCUGAGUUCUCCUACAACAAUUUAUCCCUCAGUUCAUCGCCGUUUGUGCAGACUCCAGGUUGCAUGUUGUCUUCCUUUAUUUUGUAAAGCUUUUUUACAAACGCUACUUUUUUUUUUUUUUUAAUUGUCCUUCCACGGUCAUUGUUUGUGUGCAAAAGUUUGAACUUUAGUCUUCCAAGUGUGUCCUGCUUUAACAUAUAUUGUAUAUACACAAACUGUAUAUUCAGCAAUAUAAAGCUGCUGGUUUUCACUUCCAGAGACGUAUCAGGUAUGAUUCUUGUAUUCUGAAUGGCAGCUGCGAGUCUUGCCUUUGGGUUGAUAUUGUGUUGAGAUUGUUAUAAACAGACGACCACCAGCAGCACUGAUCUGAAAUAAAUAUAUCAGCUACUUUGAAAUCUUGAA